AUGCAGGAAUUUAAUGACUUCAUUGCUGUCCAAAUUGCUACUUCUUCGUUAUUAAAUUCUAAAAGAUUGAUUUUGAUCAAUAUAGACAAUACAAAUGUCAUCAAAGAGUAUAAAUCAAUCAAUUCAAAAUCAUAUUCAAUUGGAAAGAUAAUUUAUGAAAAUAGAGAGCUGAUGUACCAUUCUGGAAGAUAUCAAGGAAAUCAUACGUUUUUCUUUGCAAGAUCAUUGACAAAUGAUAUCAAUCAAUUGCCAGAGUUCGAAGAAGAUACUCCUCUUUUCUUCCCCAUAACUUCAGACUAUCAAGUGUCUGAUACAUCCUCAAAUCCAAGUUUGACUUCUGAUACCAAAACACUAAUAAUCUCAACAUCUACAACAAUCAUCACAACAGAUGUUACAGCAAGUGUAAAUCCUUCAUUCAAAACUUACGUAGCUUUGUGGAGCGAAAUUCACGUUGAAUCAGUCCAAAGCAACUCAACGGUAAAGAUAGACUUUAUUUGGGCCUGAUCCCAGUCUGCCAGUUAUACAGAUAUCACCUUUAGCUUGGCUCAAACUGGGUCCAACGAGAUUCCUGAGUGGGUAGAUAUAGACAUAGAGAAGCAAGAACUCUAUUUGAACAAGACACCAAAACUCACAAACUCAAGCACUUACUAUUUCUCGCUGCAGAUUUCCUUUGACAGCGAAACCCAUUACAAACAAUUUGAAAUCACUGUUGAGAAGUGAAGUAUCACUAACUGAGAGAUCUGCCAGCUCGGAAGCCCGGAUUUGUGAGAGACUUGCAGGACUGGCUUUGAAACCUCAAAUGAUAAGACUUCUUGAUCUAAAGUAGAAGCCAUUUCUGGAGCAACCGAAGCUGCUGCUGCUCUGGGAGCAGCCAGUGUGAUGAUGGCUAGUGCUUCGUCUGUAUUAUCUCUGUCGUCAGUCAACUCCAUAUUCAGCGUCAUGAACAGCCUCCAACUGGCUAUUCAGCUCCCUCUGGUUCCUGAUUAUUUCUCUCCGAAAGUGCUGGCAUUUCUGAGCGGGAUGGGGUUCUCGAUGAUGUCAUUUGAUUUUCUGAAGUUCAAAGAUAUACCGUUCGUUAUCGCAAUCACCAAGUGGGUGUCGUAUCCUCAGUCUGAUGAGUACCUUAACAGUAUCGGGAUGAGGUCUGGCAGUUCUGUUGUAAACUAUCUAUCUUUGAUGGUUUUUAUUAUUUUCUUAGGAGUUAUCCAUUUCGGUAUCGUAAUUUGUAGUAAGUGAGCAGAUCAGAGUGAUCACAGAAAAUGUAAGAAAUGGUUCAACAGACUGUUUUUAUUCUUUACUUUCAACAUAUACAUUCGUGUGUUUAUCCAGGCAUUUGCAUUCACAACAUUAUCAAUAUUCUCUGAAAUGUACGCAAUGAACCUAUCUACACUAGUGACUAAGGUAUCUUUCGGGCUCUGCAUCAUAUUUGCAAUGUGAACAAGUGUACUAUUCAUUCUGUCAUUCAUCAUGUACGCAAAAUCGUUUCCUGAAUUUGACUCUCAGAAGUACUGGCCAUGAACCGAGUACUUCAAUGGAGUCAAGCCAACUAAGUUCUCAAAACUGUAUUCUAGUAUGUUCAUGCUUGUGAGAUUGAUGUUGAUUUCACUCCUGGUUUUCGGAAGAUCAGCUGGUCACACCACAAAGACAAAGUAUUUCUACUUGAUAAACAUUGCGUACUGUUUAUACUUGCUGGUUGUAAGACCAUUAGAAAACCCUCAAGACAACAUCAUUGAGAUUGUGAAUCAGAGUCUAUUUUGAUGUCUAGCAGUUCCGCUUUCGUGGUUAAAAACAGAGGCUACAUGGACUCCAUUUUACGAAGGAUACUACACAUCCAUUCUAGCUAUAUCUCCUUCAAUAUGAGCAAUGAUUUGACUUAUCUUUUUACUAAAAUCAAUCUAUAUCUGCACUAAAAAGACCAAAAACACACAAAGCACAAACACUAUACUCCCAAAGAAGCCCCAAUCCAAACAAGACCAAAGCCAGUCAAUCUCAAUAGCAAGAUCUUCCUCAAACAUCAUCAAAACCACCCCUCCAAUCUCCCACAACCACCCACACCCAUCCCUAAAUCUCCCCAAAAAUCCACCCAAAACCCCUUUUCCUAAAAGAAGAUUCUAG